AUGAACGUAGAUCACCCCAUGGCGGAACUGGAUCCUAUGAAGGAAAAUGUCUACUCACCUGUUGAGGGUUUGAUACAUCGCUACCCAGACAGGGCUUUAUUCUUUGCGACUUCAGUAUGUCCCGUGUACUGUCGUUUCUGCUUCCGCUCCUACACCGUGGGAACGGAAACCGAAAGCGUCAAGAAACAACGAUUCUUACCCCUCAUCAAGAAAUGGGAGUCUCGAUUUCAAUACAUUGAGAACACGCCAGCUCUAAAGGACAUUGUAAUCUCCGGCGGCGACACCUAUCUUCUCGAGCCUGAUCAGCUGAAAUACAUCGGCGAAAGACUUCUCAGAAUCCCGCAUAUCCGCCGUUUCCGGUUCGCCAGUAAAGGACUUUCUGUGUCCUCUAGCAGGCUGGUCGAUCCGGAAGAUAAUUGGGUGAGUGCGGUCAUUGAGCUGGAUAGAACGGCACGCAAGAUGGGCAAGCACGUCUGUAUCCACACGCACUUUAAUUCGGUGAACGAGAUCAGCUGGGUGACGCGCGUUGGUGCACAGCGGCUUUAUGAAGCGGGCGUCACGGUUCGAAACCAAACAGUGCUUCUUAACGGCGUCAACAAUACCCCCGAGAAGAUGUGUGCACUUGUUCAUGCAUUAGGAGACAUCAAUAUCCAGCCAUACUACGUCUACCAGAGAGAUAUCGUACCAGGAGCAAAAGACCUACGUACACCCAUGGCUGACAGCUUGGAGCUCGAGAGAGCCGUGCGAGGACAAAUCGCUGGCUUCUUAGUACCCAACUUCAUCCUUGAUAUACCAGCAGAGGGAGGCAAGCGGCUUACCCGUGGCGUAGAGACUUAUGACCGCCAUAUUGGAUUGUCUAAGCUCACGGCGCCGGGACUGAAAGGCGAACCUACUGCGAUGAAUUAUUGGGAUCCUUUGUGGUCUCUUUCUGAGGAAGGCCGGGCGGAGGUAUUGAGAAGGUUCGGUAAGCCUGACGAGAGGAGAUAG